UCCUUGGCCCCGCCCACGUCUUUGAAACGUCAACAGCGCCAAACUUCAGGCUCUCGAACGGGUAAAAUGACCACGGGCGUCGAGGAGCCGCAAUGGAGAAAAGUCCACACCGUUACGGGAGUGACACCGCGGUCCAGGCACGGGCAUCGAGCAGCUGCAAUACGGGAGCUGAUCAUCGUGUUUGGCGGUGGAAACGAAGGGAUAGCGGAGCACCUCCAUGUUUACAACACUGUCUCGAAGCAGUGGUUCCUGCCCGCGGUGAGGGGUGACAUCCCGCCUGGCUGCGCUGCCCAUGGCUUCGUCUGCGAAGGCACUCGAAUACUGGUCUUCGGCGGCAUGGUCGAGUUUGGGAAAUACACAAACAGCCUCUACGAACUACAGGCUAGUCGCUGGCUGUGGAAGAAGCUGAAGCCCAGAUCACCCAGGAGCGGCUCGCCCCCCUGUCCUCGAAUUGGACACAGCUUCACUCUUGUUGGUAACAAGUGUUACCUGUUUGGAGGGCUGGCCAACGAUAGUGAAGACCCCAACGGCAACAUACCAAGGUACAUGGGUGAUUUCUACGAACUGGAGCUGCAGUCGGUGUCGGGGGCAAGAGGCUGGAACAUCCCAGAGACGAAGGGCAAAGGUCCCUCUGCGCGGGAGUCCCACACCUCGGUCACCUACACCGGCCUCGGCUCCCCGAAGCUCUACAUCUUCGGGGGGAUGCGAGGAUGCCGAUUAAAUGAUCUCUGGCAGCUCGACCUCGACACGAUGGUUUGGUCGACCCCUCAAACCAGGGGUUCCAUGCCACUUCCCAGAAGCCUUCACUCCGCCACUGUCAUUGGAAACAAGAUGUAUGUUUUCGGUGGCUGGAUUCGUGUUCCAGAGUCGGACAGAGACAACUCUUUAGGAACUGAAUGGAUUUGCACGAACUCCUUAAGUGUGCUCAACUUAGACACUAUGAGCUGGCAGAACCUGGGCGCUGAGCAGCAUGAAGAUAUUGAGUCCCAGCUGCAGAGCCAGGGACCCCAGAUUGACGACCCGUAUGCCUGCAGCCCCAGAGCCAGGGCCGGCCACUGUGCCGCUGCUGUCGGAUCAAGGCUUUACAUUUGGAGCGGCCGCGAUGGAUACCGCAAGUGCUGGAACUACCAGGUGUGCUGCAAGGACCUCUGGUACCUGGAGACAGAUCGACCAGCCAGCCCAGAGGCAGUGUUACUCGUCAAAUCCACAGUCAGCAUGCUUCAUGUGGCGUGGCGCCCCCUGGCGGCAGCAGACUGCUACAUCCUACAGAUCCAGCCCGUGUGUCUUCGCAGCACUGCAGCCAGCGAUCCACCGGUCACACCAGUUCAUCCAGGUGGAACAGAAGGACUUGAGGGGGAACACAGAAACUCUGCAGGUGUCCAGUUCCAUCAGCCUGACAGUGAAGGAACCACUAAUAGAGAAGCGAAAGCAGCCGCUCAGGAUGCUUCAGCAAAGCAAGAAACUACAGUAAAAUCCUCUAAUGGCUCCGCAGAGAGCCGCACACAAGGAGGGAGGAGUACUGGGAGAGGGACAGUGGAGACUACAGAACACUGCUGUGCUGAGCAGGAGAUAUCAGAAACAGAGGUCAGCAGCUCAACACAGCAGCAGCCAGGAGGGCAGCCUGUUCCAGCUGACAAGACAACAGAUCAGCAGAAUCCAGAUGGAGCAGUUUGGUUCGAUGUCGGUGUGUUCAAAACACUCUUCACGGAGGUCAGCCACUACUUUCUGCCUGCUGACAGCGACCAGGUCACUUCAGGAAUCAGCAGCCGGCUCCCAAAUACUAAAGAGAGGAAACUGCCUGGACCUCAGGACUACCAGGGCAGGGAGAAGCAGGAGCUUGUUCCAGGUCAGACCUACAGGUUCAGAGUUGCUGGCGUUAACUGCUUUGGCCGGGGAGACUUCAGCCCAGUUAGUGAGUUCAAGACCUGCCAGCCUGGUUUCCCUGGAGCGCCCUCUGCUGUUAAAAUUGCCAAGGCCAACGACUCGGUCCAAAUCACAUGGGAGGCCCCCACCACACCAUCGGGCCGCAUCAUGGAGUAUUCCAUGUACAUGGCGGUGAGGAAGAGCCGCUCCACCACCUCGGAGCGUCCGGGUCAGAUGGCUUUCAUCAGGAUCUACCGCGGCACAAAGAUGUCCUGCUCCGUUAGCUCCUCCCAGCUGGACAACGCCCACAUCGACUACUCCGCCUCCAACCGGCCAGCCGUCGUCUUCCGCAUAGCUGCGAAGAACGAGCAGGGCUAUGGCCCGGCGACGCAGAUCCGCUGGAUCCAAGAUCCCAGUAUUUUAAGAACGUCCGCAUCCAAAGGAGACAACAGCGCUGAGGUUGACCAGGAUGCUGCUGACAGCUCCAGCUGAACACGUUUGGACCAAUGCCAUGGUGUUUAGGAAAAAGACAAUGUGCACUCAGGAAGCUGGCAAUGAUUGCCCCUCAGAUGUUGUAUAUUUCCGUAGAUAAUUGCUAAUUUAUUUUUUUAAGUAUUUAAUUAUUCCCUUGUAAAUAGACACACAUUUUCAUCAGAGGCUUGAUCACUUGGCUUUUUUUUUGUUAAAGAAGAGUUUAAGAAUUGAAAUUUAAUACGAUGUAGACCAAACUACAUGUAUGUAUUAAGAGUUAAAGCUCCUGGAGCGAGGUCCUUAUGAGUGUUUCAUCAGCCCCUGAUUCUUCACACAGUAUGUAAUGUGUUUUAAAGGCCACAUUUUAACCACUUUUUAAAUGCCAUUGAAACAGUGAGGUCAUGUAUAUGUUAUGUCCUUUUCAGAUUGUUUACUUCAAUCAAUAUUAACAGCCAUAUGUUACUGCACAUUUUCUGUAUCCGUUACAUUUCUGCAUCACCUUUGUUGAUUUGUGAUUUUGUUGUUAAUUUUUUUGUGAUCAUUAUUAUCACCACGUUGUUCACAAGUUUACAUCAGUGAUGAAUCCCCAAAAUAACACACUACUGACAUUUUGUUAGUUAAUUAAAGGCAGUAAAUAUUCCGCAGAUGUUACAUUAGCAGACUUGCGUGUCAGCAUUAUUAUUGUCUCUGGUUUGACCAGCUCACCAUUUAGUGGGAAAGAAGUGUUAUUAUGGACUCCCCGCUGCUCGGAUUAUUAAAGGCCGAUGUGGUGAAGAAACACAUUGAAAGAUUGUUAUCCAGAGACCAGACCUGCAUCCUUUCAUUUCCGUGCUAAACAAAGGAUUCUAUCCUUGUGCUUGUAUUUCUUCAUCAGUCUGUGGUGACGGUCUGCACAUGCAGUAUUGUUUAGCUUUACCGUUUGUAUUUGAAGCAGUACAGUCCGUGUCAAAGGUGUAAAUAAGGUGACUUUUAGACACAUGUAACAGUUUCUUUGGCCACCUCAUAAUCACUGAGGUGGGUGCAGGUCGGUCCCAGGAGCCUUGACUGAUUUCCUUGUGCAUCUGUCAAAUAAAAACAUUUUAAACAUGA